GUCACAGGCGGUCCUCUUGCCAAUGAUCAAGUCCCAGUCCAGGACAUGCUUCCCAUUCUUCAAACAACUGGUCUUUUGCGGCGUUGCAUCUGACAUCGCGUUGCCUGGAUCCAGACUCAGCGGCCAGAGGGUCAGGAUGGCUUCGCCGGAGGGUUCGGGGUCUGCGACCGCUGCAACAGCAGCAGACACGAACGGCCAUGCAGUCGGGCAAGAUGCUGCAAGCCAGCACGUUGCACAACCUGCAGGGUCGGCUGCAACGCCAGUAGCGGCGGACAGAAACGGCGCGGCGAGCGACGCAGACGACUCGGAUGAUGGUAGUGACCUGUUCGGUGCGGCGGAUGAUGCGGACAAAAAGGCCGCCGGCAGCGGCGAGGUGGAGGAUGAGGAUGACGAGGAUGAGGAUGAGGUCCGACGUGUCACUCGCAAACGGCGAGCUGGCGUAGAGUCUGACGAGGAUGAAGACAGUGACGACGACGGACGGCCGCCUCUCAAGCGACCAUCGCCGGAGCCAGCAAGCCAAUCGCAGCGCACUCGCAGUCGUCGCGCAUCGACAGCCGCUUCCUCUUCGCCACCCGCUUCGCCACGAAGAUCUCGCGCUUCUUCUGUGCUGGACGCAGCCAAGGAGGCGCUCGAAUACAGGGAAGAGGACGAGCCGUAUACACAUGGCGACGAACAGAUCGAGGAGAACAUCGCCACGCUCACCAUACCGCAGCUGCCAAUCCGCCGCACCAAGGAGCACUGGGUCGCUAAGCUGCCGAACUUCUUAGAGUUCAAUGAUACUGCAUUCGACGAGGAUGAAUGGGACCCAGCAGAGGCAGAGACGUCUGGUCAGGUCAGGAUAGUCGACCCGGGUCUGAGAAGUCUCAUGAAGACACAGAACACUGUGCGGUGGAGAUGGAGCACGGAAACUAGGCCAGAUGGAACAAGGAUCCCUGAGGGCAAUGCUCGCAUCGUUCAAUGGAGCGAUGGCUCCAUGUCCUUACAAGUCGGCGCAGAGCUGUUCGACAUCCAGUCGCACUUGGAAGCCAACGCAUCAACGCCCGCAGUGGACAUCAAGGGAGGGGCCAUGGAGACAGCGGUGCAGCAGAGCUCGCUAGGGUCAGAUCCACCCGCCUCGAGCGCAACCGUACGCCGACCCGCGGGUGUGAACGGCUCUGCUACUUUCCCCUCGAAGCGCAUGCCGUCACACACGCCGGAGCCCAAUCGGAACUCAACGUCCCUUUCGUACCUUGUCGUACCGCACGAGGAGGCAGAGAUUCUCACCGUCGAGCUUCCGGUAGCCGGCACGCUAUCGUUCAAGGCAAGUGACGUGAACUCUGAAACGCACAGACAGCUCGCGCAGGCUGUGAAGCACCAUCGCGUCGCCAAGGUGACCGCAUCCGAUGGGCCAGACAAGGACCCGCAGCUGUUGCAGGAUGAGGAGGAUCGACGCUUGAAGGAGAUCGAACGCAAGAAGCAACGAGAGCGCAAAAAGAAGGAAGAGGAGCAGGAGCUCGACGCGUUCAUGGGCAAGCGGAGAGGCAGAUACGAGAGCGGCGGCGAAGGCCUCGGUGGCAGUAGCGCAUAUAGGCGCAGCGGCGCUGCAGGCCGCGCUGGGCGUCCAGGCGCGAGCCGCGGAGGCAGCGAAGAGUACGAGGAAGACGACUUCGUGGUCGCCUCCCCCGCGCGCGAGAAGGGCAGCGGGUCGGAUGAUGAUGAAGAUGAGGAUCACGAAGGUGACGUAAUGGAUGUUGAUGACGAGCCAGAUGAGAUGGAGAAGAUGGAGGCGCAAAUUGAGGCAAACGAGAAAGUAAGAAGAGAGGCCAGCAAGAACGCCGUUGCGAAUCCCGGUGCCGGUCCGGAUGAAGAUUCCGAUGACGACGGGGAAGACACUGCAGAGCUGGCUGCCCCCGUAAAGCGCAAACGUGUUGUCGAGAGCGAUGAUGACGAGUAAAGCAUCAGAAAAUGAUAUCAACUUCUCAACAAGA